ACUUUUUUUUUUUUCCUUUCUCCUAUUCGGCUCCUCCCUUAUGCUGUGUCCUCACAGCUCGGUGCGAGUGACGCAUUAACUCUGUAGGCUAUUUACGAUCGUCUUCAUUCAUGCAUUCCAAAAAGAAUACACUUGCCUCAUAUCAUGAUUCCGAACGCAAUCUCUGUUUUAUUUGAAACAUGAUUGGGCCACAUUCUGUCUCUAUUUCUCUCCCACGGCUUCUCUUCCUUCCUUUACCCCUUGAGACACCACGGCAUGCGCGGCAUGCACGGUGUUACACAGCGCCUCAACCCUGUAAACUGUGUGGUGAGAAAAGUUCUUCACCCAAUCCAAGCUCGGCUUAUACUAUCAUGCUCAUUUUCUACAUGACGCAGGGUGCAGAUGUUUUUACUCAACACGCACAGGCUUUAGAUCUAUGUAUCCGCUUGACACCUUGUCCAAUCUUCUCACUGCCACCGCCACCGUUCCUUAUCAAGUACUUCGAAAGUAAAUGUGGCAGACCCGCUCGCGAUAAUAAUCCAAGCACGAUAAUCGAGGAAGGUAUCACCAGUGACCCGCGGCCACGAAGACCUCCUAUGCUUGUCAGUUACCCGACCUCGUUUACUUCACGUCGAGGUAGUGGCUAUCCUUUCGAUCACCAUUCUGACCAUGGGGAAAGACGCAGCUUAGGAACUUAUUCUCCAUAUGCUUCAUAUGAUCGGGAAGAUGGAGAUCAGUUCAAGUUGUUUAUUGAAGGAGAAACCUAUAUUGGGACGAAUUCAACUCUUGGAACGACCGCAGCAGAAGCCAGCCCGAAAAUGAAGGCUCUCUCGAUGGCUUCCACCUCGACUCAGAAAGAUAUAGAUUCAUCAACAGUUGGUGCUGGUAAAGCGGAUAAUACGGUACCCAAGUCAUUGUCCAUCCCAACAUUACCCCCUUUGGAGAGCUCACCUAUGUCUAGCUCACCCACGAAACCUACCCAGCAUGCACAUACACCUGUCCUUAUAUUUGCUGCAGGAUAUACACCCGACAGAGAUGAAGACGAAGAAGCUGCUGAGGCAGCUCGAAAGAUAUCCCGAAGAUUGACUAUGGAAGGACGUAAAGAUGAGCUGGAUAUUUUCAAUAUCUCUAGUAUGAUGAAAUGGCCAUAUCGUCCUAGCUCUACAAUGCCAGCUCUUAGGUCAUCUUCCACUACUAUAAACUCCACUACUACAAGUGGAUCUAAACAUCCACGCCCUCCUUUACCAGCGCUUCUCACGGGAAGUAGUCUGUUUCGACCAAACCGCAACUCCACAAACGAAAACCAUGAUCGUGAUCCUAGCGUCCCUGCCUCGGGAUUGGAGAAGAAAUUUCAUAAUUCAUUCUAAAGCAUCGACUCUCGACGCUGGAUCAGAUGAUAGUGAAGAUCAAACAAAACAUCCCCACGCAGAUCCCGAGACUGUCGAGCAUGAUACCCAUGUGGAUAUAAAAAGUAAACACCCCAGCUUGUUACGUCCCAAAUCAUACGACCAUUAUAAUAAUGGUCAUAUCACUGGUUCCCUCGAACGUAAAGGUAGCAGUCGCAGCAACCGCCAUCUCCGCUCUCCCUUGGGCGAUAAGUUGUCCAUGGACAAUAUUCGUAGAUUCUCCCGAGACACUAUUACUCGGCUUCAGGAAGGCGGUCUUGGAGCGGCCCUCAGUCUUCCUGUCGCGACGGGACCAAUAUCUCCGACGGUCCUAUGCUCAGCAU